AUGAGUAACUUUGCAGACCACGCUCCUCAGUCUAAGCAGAUAUCUGGCGACUCCCAUUCUCCUACUGAUCCCUCAACCCCGGCUUACAUGGCCUCGGACCUCGACCUCACUAAAUCCCGCGAGCCGAUCUCCACUUCACCUCGGAAUGGCAUCUUCCCUAUCUCUCAGUCAUCCAGCAGUCAUCUAUCAGAGCGCGUGAACUUGCCGCACAGGUCUUCCACACUUAGUUCUCCUCACAGCAUAGAUCAGAGGAGACCCAAGAGUGAUGACCCUCCCCAUGCCCGCAGCGAAGACUUGAACCACUCUAUGGUUCGAGUACAUAAUGAUCUUACCCCAUCCGAUCCUCAGCCCUCUCGUUCCCAGACUUUCCUGACUGCUAGCCGACCGACCACACCCGCCAGCACGAGCAAUAAUCCUUCGUGGUCAGACCACUCGGAUAACUCCAAGGGGCGACCGGGCAGCGUGCACUCUGAGUCCUCUCUACUCACUGAUGCGUCCGCGCCGAGUGGUAGUGCCCCCACGGGGACAUCAACUACCCACACAAAUGCCAGCAUCACUUCUACACCAUGCUCGGCCUGCGGGAAGGCCAUGCAAGGUGCGUUCGUACGGGCUCUCGGCACCGUAUACCACCUACAAUGCUUCAAAUGCAUGGAUUGUGGUACCGUAGUUGCGUCCAAGUUCUUCCCAAUCGAUGGCCCUGACGGGAAACAGCAUCCACUAUGUGAACGUGACUAUUUUCGACGGCUGAGCUUGAUUUGUGCAAAGUGUGGAAUGGCCCUGCGAGGUAGUUACAUUACGGCGUGCAAUAAAAAGUACCAUGUCGAUCAUUUCACAUGUUCUGUUUGUCCAACCCUUUUUGGGCCGCAGGACUCAUACUACGAACAUGAAGGGGAUGUAUAUUGUCACUACCAUUACUCCACCCGAUUUGCCACGAAGUGCGCAGGAUGCAACAGCGCCAUUUUGAAGCAAUUCGUGGAAAUCAAUCGGAAUAUGCGAGAUGAAUGCUGGCAUCCGGAGUGUUACAUGAUUAACAAGUUCUGGAAUGUCAAAGUUGUGUCACGCAGACCCUUGCCAUUGUCCAGCUCCGAGGACGUCGAGCCUAAAGUUGAGGACCCUCCAUGGGUUGAGGAAGAGCAGAAAGAAACGGCUAUCUCUCUCAAGGACAAGCAAAUCCGCAUGGAACAGCAGGUGUACCGAAUUUGGACCGUGUUGUCAGCUUUUGAAGAAUCAAGCGCUGCGUGCAUUUCGGACAUGUUACGACAAGUUAGCAAUGGACAGUAUCUGGAGGCCAUUCGGAUGGCGGAGAAGUUCAUCCUUCAUGUUGAAGUUCUUUUUGCUACCAUUGAUGAUCUGGAGUGGCAUUUUGUGCGGCUACAAAUGAGAGGCAUGUCACAUGUCCGCGAGGCAAGGAUGCUCUGCCGUAAGACUGUGGACCUUUUCACCCUUCUAUCCCACACGCAAGAAACAGGAGCGCGGCGCAUGGGUAUGACGCAGGAACUCCUCGCGCUUGUUACCGGCUUGGCGCAUUACCUUAAGAUCCUGAUACGGAUUGCUCUUACUGGCGCUCUCAGACUAGAAAGGGAAUAUAACGUUCACGAGGCGAUUUCUUCUUUUCUCGACAAGUUGCAUAUGCUUGCCAUUCAGGGUGGAGCUCCAAGUGCAAAGCGGAUGAUGAAACGCGCCAAUGGGGAAGUUAUGGCACCUCUCGAAAACGGGAAUGAAGGGACGCAAGGUGUUACUUACGGCUUCAAGAGCUUAGCUCCAGAGAACGCGGGCGAGUCACCAUUCGUAAGCAACCCCCGGGAUCCAGCGCUGGCAAAGGUGAAUGUCGUUAAUCCGCCUUCCGAUCUUUGUGUGAAAUGCAAUCAAACGGUGGAAGAAGAUUGUGUGCGGUUAGGCACAUAUCAACGCUGGCAUUCACAUUGCGUUCAGUGUGCUACCUGCGCGAAGGUGGCUGCGAUCCCGAUUCCGAAGGAUUCUUCCGCUCCGAAGAGUCCCGAUGACAAGGACAAGGAAAAAGAUCCUCCCAAAUUGUCUACUGCCCGACGACCUCCCGCCAACGUCGGUCUAUUUGUCUACGAUCUGGAAUCGAUGAAGGACACAGCUUCCUUCGGUAAUGUCCCGACGGUCAUCUUCUGUACAGAGCACGGACAUGCCGGAUGCCGGGGAGGGUUUCAAGCUGUGUCUCGCCUGGAACAAUACGCCUUCCUCCUUAAUGUGGCUUUGCGACGAUUAUACGUCUUAUUGAAAAAGCGUGGUGUUGUGCAAUCAUCUGCGUCUCAAGGCUACAAGGAGUUGGAGGACGACCCUUAUCGAAGCUCAAGUGAAAUAAAUAGGUUGAAAUCUGUGCAUUUGAAUCGGAAACUGUCCGCAACCGCACGGGUGCCACAACGAUCCACUGUUGUUGAAAGUCCAUCUGGAAAGGUUGCUCAACCUGCUGACGCUACACAAUCGCAACGGCCACAAGAACUCACGCAUUCACAUUCGUUCCGAGCAAGCCCUGGUUCGGCCUCACCAGCAAAACUACAGAAACCCUCGCAUCCGCAAUCCCGCGGCCCUCCAGGGAUCAUUGAUACGAAUCCUUCAGGCCAGGUCAUUCGACCACCUUAUACACGCGGCAACACAGGCAUCAUGAUCGUCGAUGAUUCCGCACCAACGUCACCCAGCGGAGGAGCUCUGGAUGAACCUGUCGGAGGAAUUGAAGAUGGCAUUACUCUUGCCGAUAUUCCUCAGAUUGUAGAAGCUGCACAAGCACGAGAGCAACAUCGCUCACUGCCGCGACAAAGUUCGGUGCCAUUUAUUGCGGAGCUGAGCACUUUGGAACUGGCGAUUGUCAAGUAUUGUGCCGUUCUCGUGCUUCAUCGAUCAUCAUUGAAAGACCAGUUUGAUCUCGAUGAAAUUUUGGAGAUGGUGGAAGUCAAGAAAAACUCCUUCUGGGGCAAGCUAUUUAAGCCGGGAAACGACAAAAAGAAUGUCAAGAAGAAAGGCAAACCGGUCAAGAUUCCUAGCUUUGUCGAUGACGUUAUAUCUGCCAUGCGUCAGAUGGAUAUGUCGAUCGAGGGCAUUUUCCGGCGCAAUGGUAACAUUCGGCGACUCAAAGAACUGGUCGAAGCUAUUGAUCGAGAUCCUUCUGCUGUCGAUCUUACGCAGGAUAAUCCUGUGCAGCUGGCGGCUCUCCUGAAGAAGUUCUUCCGUGAACUACCAGAUCCUCUCAUGACUUUCAAAUUGCAUCGCUUAUUUAUAGCGUCUAGAAAUCUCCCAUCGGACGCAGAGCGGGCGCGGAUGCUACACAUGGUGUGCCUUCUCUUACCCAAAGCACAUAGAGAUACAAUGGAAGUUCUUUUCGUGUUCUUGAAAUGGGUCGCUUCCUUUGCGCAUCUGGACACGGAGACAGGGAGCAAGAUGGACCUGCCAAAUCUGGCGACGGUCAUAUGUCCCAACAUUCUGUAUUCUCGUGGGCGAGAUCCUGUCCGGGACGAGAGUUUCGGAGCCAUUCGGGUGGUCACAGCCCUGCUAGAAAAUCAGGACGAAUUCUACUGUGUACCAGCAGAAUUCCUGCCGAUCUUGCAGGAUCAAGAGUACUUUGCAAACAGUCUGGAUCUGCCGAGCAAAGAAUUCUUGAAGAAGUGUGACACAUACAUGCGAUUGAAGGCGAGUGGGCGGACACCUGUAUUGACAUCACCAGUGUCAGGAUCUGCGCCAUUCAAUCCUAGCACGCCACGACCAGAGGACAUGCGCUCAUUUCCACCAAAGUCUGUGGCUGAUCUUUCACCCCUCUUCAUGACGCUGACCACACUUCACAUAGACUGCAAGUACAAUCACUUCCGCAACAACUCGAUCGCGCGCAGAUGGCCGGAGCGUCGUCAUCAGAGGCGAUUGUUCGGAAUGGGCAGGCGCAGCUGCGAUCAGGGGGUGCGGCGCCGCCGCUGCAGCACUCGCCAUUCUCGUACCCGCCGCCACAAGGCGUGA